GCUCCCCCCGGCGAGCGCGGGCCGAGCGGGCCGGGCCGGCGGCCGUGGCGGGGCUAUGAUGAGCCCGCUGCGGGGCUCCGCACCCCCGCGUGUCCCCCAGGCAGGUCCGGCCCGCGGCUGAUAACCCCCCACCGGCGGUAUGGCCUCACAGCUGCAGGUGUUCUCCCCUCCGUCAGUAUCCUCGAGUGCCUUCUGCAGUGCCAAGAAACUGAAAGUGGAGCCGUCUGUCUGGGAUGUUUCAGGACAGAGCAGUAGUGACAAGUAUUAUACCCACAGCAAAAACCUCCCAGCAGCUCAAGGGCAAGCCAGCUCCUCUCAUCAGGUAGCCAAUUUCAGCAUCCCUGCCUACGACCAGAACCUCCUUCUCCCCGCUCCCUCCGUCGAGCACAUCGUGGUCACCGCGGCUGACAGCACCGGCAGCAGCGCCACAGCGUCCUUCCAGAGCAGCCAGACCCUCACCCACAGGAGCAACGUUUCUUUGCUGGAACCAUACCAAAAAUGUGGAUUAAAAAGGAAAAGUGAAGAGGUUGACAGCAACGGUAGUGUGCAGAUCAUUGAGGAACAUCCACCUCUCAUGCUGCAAAACAGACCUGCGGUGGGUGCUGCGGCCACGACCACCACGGUCACCACGAAAAGCAGCAGCUCCAGUGGGGAGGGGGAUUAUCAGCUGGUCCAGCAUGAGAUCCUGUGCUCUAUGACCAACAGCUAUGAGGUCUUGGAAUUCCUGGGACGAGGGACGUUCGGGCAGGUGGCGAAAUGUUGGAAACGUAGCACGAAGGAGAUUGUAGCCAUCAAAAUCCUGAAGAACCACCCUUCCUACGCCCGGCAGGGCCAGAUCGAGGUGAGCAUCCUGUCUCGCCUGAGCAGUGAGAAUGCCGAUGAGUACAACUUCGUCCGCUCCUACGAGUGCUUUCAACACAAGAAUCAUACAUGCCUUGUCUUUGAGAUGCUGGAACAGAACUUAUAUGAUUUCUUAAAGCAAAACAAGUUCAGUCCGUUGCCCCUGAAAUACAUCCGGCCCAUCCUGCAGCAAGUGGCUACUGCCUUGAUGAAGCUGAAGAGCUUGGGUCUGAUCCACGCUGAUUUGAAGCCAGAGAACAUCAUGUUGGUGGAUCCUGCACGCCAGCCCUACAGAGUGAAGGUGAUAGACUUUGGGUCAGCCAGCCACGUGUCCAAGGCCGUGUGCUCCACGUACCUGCAGUCACGGUAUUACAGAGCUCCUGAGAUCAUCCUGGGUUUGCCAUUCUGUGAAGCCAUUGACAUGUGGUCACUGGGCUGUGUCAUAGCUGAGCUGUUUCUGGGCUGGCCUCUGUAUCCAGGAGCAUCUGAGUACGAUCAGAUUCGUUAUAUUUCACAAACUCAAGGCCUUCCAGCGGAGUAUCUUCUCAGUGCAGGAACGAAAACAAGCAGGUUUUUUAACAGAGAUCCAAAUUUGGGAUACCCACUGUGGAGGCUCAAGACUCCAGAAGAACAUGAGUUGGAAACAGGAAUAAAAUCAAAAGAAGCUCGGAAAUAUAUAUUCAACUGUUUGGAUGAUAUGGCGCAGGUGAAUAUGUCUACAGACUUAGAAGGGACAGACAUGUUGGCAGAGAAGGCUGACCGAAGGGAAUACAUUGAUUUGUUGAAGAAAAUGUUGACAAUUGAUGCAGAUAAGAGAAUUACUCCACUGAAGACUUUGAACCAUUCGUUUGUUACAAUGACACAUCUGCUGGACUUCCCCCACAGUAACCAUGUGAAAUCUUGCUUUCAGAACAUGGAGAUCUGCAAGAGAAGAGUGAACAUGUAUGAUACAGUGAAUCAGAUCAAGAGCCCUUUCACCACUCACGUUGCUCCUAACACAAGCACAAACCUGACAAUGAGCUUUAACAACCAGCUCAACACAGUACACAACCAGGCCAGUGUGUUGGCUUCCAAUUCCACUGCUGCUGCUACCCUUUCCCUGGCCAACUCGGACGUCUCCCUCCUCAACUACCAGUCUGCCCUGUACCCAUCCUCUGCAGCCCCAGUGGCAGGAGUGGCUCAGCAGAGCGUUUCCUUGCAGCCUGGAACCACCCAGAUCUGCACACAGACAGACCCCUUCCAGCAAACCUUCAUUGUUUGUCCCCCUGCUUUUCAAACUGGACUUCAGGCAACUACAAAGCAUUCUGGGUUCCCAGUCAGGAUGGAAAAUGCUGUCCCAAUUGUGCCACAAGCACCUGCAGCACAGCCACUGCAGAUCCAGUCUGGAGUUCUCACACAGGGAAGCUGUACACCACUAAUGGUAGCAACUCUUCAUCCUCAAGUAGCCACCAUCACGCCGCAGUAUGCGGUGCCCUUUACCCUGAACUGCGCAGCCGGCCGGCCGGCGCUGGUCGAACAGACGGCUGCAGUACUGCAGGCCUGGCCGGGGGGAACCCAGCAGAUCCUGCUCCCUUCCACCUGGCAGCAGCUCCCAGGGGUUGCUUUGCACAACUCUGUUCAGCCGGCGGCCGUGAUCCCAGAGACCAUCGGCAGCAGCCAGCAGUUGGCCGACUGGAGGAAUGCACAUUCCCAUGGAAAUCAGUACAGCACUCUCAUGCAACAGCCAUCUCUGCUGACCAACCACGUGACACUGGCCACAGCACAGCCUCUGAAUGUUGGGGUUGCUCAUGUUGUGAGGCAGCAGCAGAGCAGCAAUGUGCCAGCAAAGAAGAACAAGCAGCCAGCACCGAGCACAGCCAAGCCCAGCUCAUCUCUAGAGCCUGUGCCCACCCAAGUGUACUCUCUGAUUGGGAGCAGCCCCCUGCGCUCCACCUCCUCCUCCUCCAACGUGCUCGUCCCCGUGCAGGAGCAGCACCAGCCCAUCGUGAUCCCUGACACUCCAAGCCCCCCUGUCAGUGUCAUCACCAUCCGCAGCGACACUGAUGAAGAAGAGGACAGCAAAUACAAACCUGCCAGUUUGGGUAUGAAGCAGAGAUCCAACGUCAUCAGCUACGUCACUGUUAACGACUCCCCUGACUCUGACUCGUCCCUGAGCAGCCCCUAUGCCCCAGACCCCCUGUCCUCGCUCAGGAGCACUGGGGGGGCCCUGGAGCUGCCCAGCAGAGCCGCUGCUGACAGCUCCAGCUCCCGGACCAUCAUCGUGCCGCCCCUGAAAACGCAGCUCAAUGACUGCAUUGUGGCCACCCAGGCUUCAGGCAUCCUGAGCAGCACCAGUAAGACCAAGCCAGUGGCCUCAGUGAGCGGGCAGUCGUCAGGAUGCUGCAUCACACCCACGGGAUACCGCUCCCACCGCGUGGUCACCAACGGCGUGCAGCCCCUCAACCUCAGCCAGAACCAGCAAACCACAGUGCUGGCCUCCCAGGAGAGAAGUGGAAACGCUGUCCCACGCCGGCAGCAAGCUUACGUGGCCCCCCUCACGUCAACGAUUUCUCAGGCUCCCUACACGUUCCAGCACAGCAGCCCAGUGCAUCCCCACCUGGCAGCAGCCACGGCCAGUGCCCACCUGUCCAGCCAGCCCCACAUGUACACUUAUGCCCCCACCACUGCGGCCACGCUGGGCUCCACCACCUCCAUCGCCCACCUGUUCUCCCCUCAGGGCUCGUCGCGCCACACCACCUACGCUGCCCACCCCAGCACCCUGGUGCACCAGGUCCCUGUCAGCGUGGGGCCCAGCCUGCUGACGUCUGCCAACGUCCCCCCCGCCCAGUACCAACACCAGUUCGCUCCCCAGUCCUAUAUUGGUGCUUCCAGAGGAUCUGCUAUUUACACUGGAUACCCGCUGAGCCCCACCAAGAUCAACCAGUACUCCUACUUGUAGUUCCCAGUAAAGCACUGUCCUGCGAUGGGCCGGAGAGGUUGGAGAAGGAUUUCAGGUGAACCUUUGCCUGGGAAUGACUGCCUGGUUCAUGUUUCUCCCUGAUCUGGUUGUAUGUUGUUCCCAAAUGUCUCUGGUGAGUUCAGUCUCUAACUGAGCAGCAUGCUUUGUUACCAGUACGAGGGUCACUAAUUAAGUUUUAAAAUUUUACUUACUUUUUAUAGAUGCUUUUAAAAAAUUCAUGGUCACAUUUAUUUAAAAUUGUUCUGUUGUGCUAAUCAAAAGGGGUGUCAAAUCAGUGUCUUGGACGACAGAUCCUGAUGUCUUUUUUAACUUGUGUAACUUAAAAAGAUUUGCAGAUUCUAUUUUAGCAGCUUGCACAAAUACACAUUGCCACUAAAAAUGUA